AUGGCGGAUACAUCAUCCAGCACCACCAUUCAGCAGUCAUCCGCGAAGGAGGCGGCCCUCCAGAAGGUAUCUUCAGGGACUCCGCGGUCUCGGGAUGGGAUUGCUGAUUGGAAAUGGAAAGGCAGUCUCGCGGCUGUUAUGCUAACAACGGUUAUCAAUGGAUAUGAUGUGAGUAAUGUGGCCAACAUCCAGCCACGACUAUACGAGGCCUUCGGUGACAUUGCACUUCUCCCAUGGAUCGGCCUGUCUUUCAGCUUGGCCGUCUUUGCCUUUCUGUCCUUCUCUCGGAAGAUUAUAUACUGUUUCGACAUGCAAUGGAUCUAUAUCGUUAGUGUUGUUGUCUUCAUGGCCGGGGCUGCCGUGGCAGGAGCGGCCCAUAAUCUAGCCACGGUCAUUGUCGGGCGGACAAUCAUGGGGGUCGGCGGAUCUGUCAUUUAUCAGAGCAAUCUGACAUUUGUCGCCGUGUUUGCCACUCCAGCUGAGACACCACUUCUCUUCGGACUGUUGGGUGCAUUAUGGGCUGUAGGGCUCGUCAUCGGCUUUCCGAUCGGGUCCGCCCUCGCGUCCAACCCUAACACGACCUGGCGGUGGGCCUUUUACAUGAACCUCCCAUGGGCUGGCCUCGUCCUUGUUAUAGCCUUCAUCUGCAUGCCCAGCAAGUACCUAGGGCCAGACAUUCCAGUAUGGUCCCGCAUCGCCAGAAUGGAUCCAAUCGGCAUUACAAUGAACAUCGCCGUGCCGGCUCUGUUCUCCAUCGCACUGGAGUUCUCCGGUCCCGUCUGGGACUGGGGCUCUGGUGCAUCUAUCGCGGUCUGGGUAGUCUUCGGCGUGCUACUUAUCGGUUGGAUCGUCCAACAAUAUUGGUGCAUGGGAACCACUCCCGACCAACGUGCCAUUCCCCUCCACCUGUUCCGUCGCCUCGAUCUAGUGCCCCUGUGGAUCGCAUCUGGAUGCGCAGGGGCAUCAUACGCCGGGACAUUGUACUAUACCCCGCUCUUCUUCGCCUUCGCUCGCGGCCACAGCGCGUUACAACAAACCGUCCGUCUUCUCCCAUUCGUCAUACUUUUCAUCGCAGUUGUCUUGCUCGUCGGCGCCCUCCUACCCCUAUUCGGUCGCUAUAACCUAAUCUACAUCAUCGCAGGUCUAGCCACCGUCGCCGGAGCAGGCGCCAUGGCCGCAACACUCAGUCCCGAUGUCCCUGAGUCCCAGGUAAUGGGCCUAGAAGCUCUCAUCGGAGUCGGACUAGGCUGUUCAUACCAACACGGCGUUGGCAUCUCAAACGUGAUCAACAAAGACCCACGCGAUAAAGUAGACAGUGUCGUCAUGUUCAAUCUGGCGCAAAUGGGCGGCAUUACUGUGAUUCUCUCGAUAGCGGGCUCGAUCUUCCAGAAUGUGGGGUUCCAUCUGUUGAAGGAGGUGAUUGGGGGUAAUGGGUACUCUGAAGAUGAUCUGCGACAGGCACUGGCCGGCGUGUCCUCUACUGUGUGGGGAUCUGAUGACCCGGAUGUGCUUGCUCGUGGCGUUCAGGCUGUUUCGGAGGCUCUUGCUAGGGAGUACUAUUUGAUCGUUGCUGGUGGGGCACUUUGUUUCGUGUGUGGGUUAGUGAUGAAGUGGGAGAAAUUGGAUUAUGGAAGGGGGAGGGGGAAGAAGCCUGAAGCUUAG